GAGGUGCCGCAUCUGUCCCGCAGCCCAAGUUUGCCCCGGCUUCGCAGCCACUUUAGAAAGUCUCCAGCCCGUGGGAGGUGACAGAUGUGGCUGGCUGUGCCGGGGACUGGGCUGCAUCCAGCCCUUACCAACCUGCCUCAUCGGCCUCAGUGUUAAGCCCCCCGCCCCCAACCCGUCAGGAGAAACUUUGCUGGCGGGUGUGGGGGGCGGGGGAGGGGGGACCGUCAGUGAUUGCCCGCCGGGCGCCGCCUUUGCAGCCAGCCUCCCGCGGCCGCUCGGCGCGGCUCGCCCCUUGCCGGGGAGCUCGCGUGGGUGGGAGACGGUCCUUGCCGCUCGCCCUCUUCCCAGCGCGCCUCCCCGUCUCCUCCCCCUCAGCCUGGCGGCGGCGGUGCCCGCUCCCCGCGCCCCAGUCUCCAGCCGCAGCAGCCGCAGCUCGGGCGAGGCGAGCGGGGCAGCCGCGCGGAGUCCCAGCGACCCUCCCUCCCUUCGCCCCCUCCCGGCGGCCGCCGCCUCCUCCUGCUCCCCGCCCGGCGUUGCAGGCUUCCCGAUGGCACGGCGCUGAGGGCAGGCAGCGGCAGCGGGCGGUGCCGGCGCGGGGCUCUGCACUGAUUCACUGCGGGGCUUGCGUGGGGCGAAGCCGGCUGGUACUUUUCUCCAAUGGUCCAAAGCGACAUGUCCAAAUCGCCUCCCACUCCGGCGGCGGCGCAGGAGCUGCAGAUGGAGCUGCUGGACAACCCCCCACCCGCCGCAACAGCCGCGCAGUCUUACGGAAAAGGCGCUAGAAGAAAAAACCGAUUUAAAGGAUCAGAUGGGAGUACAUCUUCUGACACUACCUCUAAUAGUUUUGUACGUCAGGGUUCGGCGGACUCCUACACUAGCCGUCCAUCCGAUUCAGAUGUAUCACUGGAGGAAGACAGAGAGGCAGUGCGGAGAGAGGCAGAGCGGCAGGCCCAGGCACAGCUGGAAAAAGCGAAGACAAAACCUGUUGCAUUUGCAGUCCGGACAAAUGUCGGCUAUAGUGCAGGACAUGAUGAUGAUGUCCCAGUUCCAGGCAUGGCCAUCUCAUUUGAAGCAAAAGAUUUUCUCCAUGUUAAAGAAAAGUUUAACAAUGACUGGUGGAUAGGACGGUUGGUAAAAGAAGGCUGUGAAAUAGGAUUCAUACCAAGUCCAGUCAAAUUAGAAAACAUGAGGAUACAGCAUGAACAAAGGGCAAAGCAAGGAAAAUUCUACUCCAGUAAAUCAGGAGGAAAUUCAUCAUCCAGUUUGGGUGACAUAGUACCUAGUUCCAGAAAAUCAACGCCUCCAUCAUCUGCUAUAGACAUAGAUGCCACUGGCUUAGAUGCAGAAGAAAAUGAUAUUCCAGCAAACCAUCGCUCCCCCAAACCCAGUGCAAACAGUGUAACAUCACCCCACUCCAAAGAGAAAAGAAUGCCCUUCUUUAAGAAGACAGAGCACAUCCCUCCCUAUGAUGUAGUGCCUUCUAUGCGACCAGUAGUUUUAGUGGGGCCUUCCUUGAAGGGAUAUGAGGUGACAGAUAUGAUGCAAAAAGCAUUAUUUGAUUUUUUAAAACACAGAUUUGAAGGGCGUAUAUCAAUCACACGGGUCACAGCAGACAUCUCGCUUGCCAAACGCUCCGUAUUAAAUAACCCUAGUAAGCAUGCGAUAAUAGAACGGUCCAACACAAGAUCAAGCUUAGAUGUUUUGGCUGAAGUUCAGAGUGAAAUUGAACGGAUAUUUGAAUUAGCAAGGACAUUGCAGCUGGUAGUACUUGAUGCUGAUACCAUUAAUCAUCCAGCUCAACUAAGUAAAACUUCUCUGGCUCCCAUUAUAGUAUAUGUAAAGAUUUCUUCUCCCAAGGUUUUACAGAGGCUAAUAAAAUCUCGAGGGAAAUCUCAGGCUAAACACCUUAAUGUUCAAAUGGUGGCAGCUGAUAAACUGGCUCAAUGUCCUCCAGAAAUGUUUGAUGUAAUUCUGGAUGAGAACCAGCUUGAAGAUGCCUGUGAGCACCUGGCUGACUAUCUGGAAGCCUAUUGGAAGGCCACCCAUCCUCCUUGCAGCAAUCCACCCAACCAGCUCCUCACUCGCACACUUGCAACAGCCACUCUUCCUAUCAGCCCAGGUCCAAACAUAAAUUUACAGGGCUCUCAAGGAGAUCAGAGGAAUGACCAUUCAGCCCCAGAACGAACUGGCUCACAAGUUGAAGAGGAAGCACGGAUUGAACCCAUGAAGAAAUUUCAACAUCGUUCAUCUUCUUCAGCACAACACCAUAACCAUCGCAGUGGUGUUAGCCGAGGCCUGUCUAGGCAAGAAACGUUUGACUCAGAAACCCAAGACAGCAGAGAUUCAGCUUACAUAGAACCAAAGGAAGAGUACUCACAUGAGCAUGGAGACCACAAUGAUUCUCACAGGGCUCACAGUCAUAGAGACGAGUCACAUGGGAGCAGUGAUCACAGACAUAGGGAAUCAAGGCAUCGCUCAAAGGAAAGGGACCGAGAGCAGGACCACAACGAAUGCAACAAACAACGCAGUCGUCAUAAAUCAAGGGACCAAUAUUGUGACAAGGAUGGGGAAGUGAUAUCUAGAAAACGCAACGACACAGGAGACUGGAACCGGGAUGUAUACAUCCGCCAGUAACGUUUGCCUCUGGCAGUUUUGUGUUUCUUUGAAGUCUUGUAUAACAACGCCCCUUGAAAAUAUCUUUGGGUUCUUCAUUGCAGAACAUAUGGUAUCCUUCUGUGUGCUGAUUUGCAUUGCUGUUGCUUGCAUAGCAAUAGCAUGAAAUAGAAUAUUCAUAUACUUCUUUUUUGGAUUAGUGCUAUCUAAAUUGGCAUAGUACAACUGCAGAGCUCCUGAUGUUGUACUGUGCUUUUUUCAAGCUGUUUUUGGUAGCAGCCACUUGAACAAUAUCUGUUGCCAUCAAGGUGGUGUUAGUGUUUUAAAACAAGGUACAGUUGAUGUUUAAUAACCUCCCGUGUAUUCAGCAAGCCAGAAUCAGCACAUACAAAACAGAAACUCAUCUGUUUUGAUUUUUAAUUUGUAUGCACUUGAUUUGCAUAUUGAUUUAAGAGCCACUAUCUGUUGCUUGUACCUCUAGUGGACUCCGUUUGGGGACAGAAUUCAGUCUUGCCUUACACACAGGGAAUCAUAAAGUCAAAAUCUAUUUUCUAUGUACUGGUACUGUGUACUGUAUAUACAGUUUAUAAAUGUUAUUUCUGCAGACACCUUCUUACUAUAUAAGUUUGACCACACUGUUUUAGAGUCCUAAUGCCAAGUCAGCAGAUUUGCUUUUGAAUUACUAGCAACUGGAACUAGCCUCCUUCAGGAAAUUUGUAAGAGUGUUCAAUCUAGACAUUUUUUCUUCUAUAGCUGAAAGCUUGUACUUACUGUAAAUAUGAAUGAAUGAAUGCUUGAGAUAAAAGGUUUGAUUCCUAUA